AUGGAAAGUGAAGACAGCAGAGACACAGAACAGAGAUCUACCAGAAUUCGGGCAGGAUGCGAGUCAUGCAGGCAGCGACACCUUAAAUGCGACGAAAGACAGCCCUCAUGCCUUCAGUGCGAGUUGUUGAAGGUAAAUUGCGAACGAGAAGAGAAAUACCGGUUCCGCCACCUCACUUGGUUCGGAUCAGACGACGAGUGUCCAGAUGAAUGCGAAUUCGAGUUUCCUACCGAGCAAAGAUGGCUAUCAGUACCCCCUUCCGUCAUAUUCGUGGAUGACCAUGCACACUUCGACCUGACAGGAAUUGAUGUGGACGACAAUGGGCGAUUGAAUGUUGUGGACCUCGAUGUCCCAAGCAGAUCUGGUGAGACCGAAGCUCCAGCUCAGGACGAUGACUACAAUGUGUCCGAUCUCUUCGACGCCUCUCCUGCGGCCUUGUAUAACACAACCCUGUUCCUCACGACAGCUGAAGAGGCUUCGUUGUUUCGACACUUCCUGGAGAAACUCGGCCCAUGGUUCGAUAUGAAUGAUAAUGAGAAGACCUUUACACGCGAGCUCGUCAGGAAAGCUCACGUAUCGCCCAUACUUUUAAAAGCCGUCCUAGCGUUGAGCUCUCGACACCUCGCGACGAUUGCAAACUUCGACUCCAGCAAGGCGGAGCGCUACAGCGAAGAGUGCGUUCAAGAAAUGAUCGUCUGUUUAGCCAACCGAGUGGAGAGCAUGAACGAUGAUUUAUUUGCGGCUACAAUCAUAUUGCGGACGAAAGAGGAAAUGGAUGCUUAUCCACAUGGAAUGGAUCUCCAGGCACAUCUAUUGGGCAUUAAGGCAUUCACACACUCGGACUGGCUAGAAUCUUCGACGAGCUCGCUCCGAGAGUGCACUUACUGGAGCGCACUUCGACAAGAGAUCAACUUUGCUCUGGUCCAACACCGACCACUUGACAUAAACUUGCGGGUGAAUUUCAUUCGUAACACGACUUUCGAUUUGACCAACGAGCACGACUGGUCUAAUUACUGCACACUGAACUUGGCAAACAUUAUCAUGUUCUGCUUUGGCAGUCCAGAAAGGUCCACCUCGGAAUACCGUGCCUUGUACGACGAAUCAGUGAGAGUCAGCGAUACGUUGCCAUCUACCUACCACCCCUUCUAUUACGCAAAGCCUGGAGCUACGGAUACCUCUACAAUUCCACAGAUAUGGCUAGCCAGUGAAGCGGCAGUUUUCAGUCUACAGUAUCUGUUCAUCUCCAAAAUUCUGCUUCUAUGCUUUGACCCGACUGUCCCAAUUGUGGGCUACGCCAGACGAUUGGCAGCCGAAAAAAUUGACCGGCUGAGCCUCAAAUACCUCAGAUCCAUGGGCGGUAUUGCAUUGUCACACCACACCUUUGGUCCGGCAAUGAUAUUGGCGUCAUUGGGAAUCUCCCUAUGCGGGGACAGGGUGGCAGACAUGGCCGAGCGCAACAAGCUGCUGGAAAUCUUAACCCAGACACAAGUUGAGCAUGCAAUCCCAACGACGAGCACUCGCCAUGGACUCUUGCGAGCAUGGAAUUUGAUUCCCCAAGGGGAUUCAACGACAAAUGUGGUUUCGCCAGAUCUGCACAGCAUCCACCAGCACGAGCGUCUCCGCCUUUUCCAGUAA